UCGGAUCUGUCAGGGUUGUACUGUUCAAAACAGGGGAAGAAGUCACCUUUCAAGACUCACUUUCCACGGGCUCUUAUUAAACUGAGAGGAGGAAGGAAGGGAAGACAGAGAAGAGAGAGAAAUGUUUUCACCGAAAUCGUCUGCCUCCCAGCACACAGAGAGAGGAUGCUUCAGGAAUUCCCAAGUGCUUCCAUGGACCGUGGCUGGGGCCUCCAUCCUGUUUCUCAGUGUCUGUUUCAUCAGCAGAUGUGUUGUGUUCCCUGGACCAUCAAGUGGGCAACACUUGUCUUGUUUAGAGCCAAUCACUCAUCUGUCACCCACUCUCAGCACCGUGUGUGGCCGUGCGUUUCUGCAUUCUCUGCCAUUCACUAGAAGGAGAGGCUGCUCUGACGAAGACCUAAAGACAGUAACGUAUCGCAGCAGUCAAAUUGACGAGCAGAAGAAGCUGCUGUCCCAUGAAACUGUGAAGGAGCUCUCCUGCUUUGGUGUCACAUCAGGUUCUGUCAGGAGCUGCUGUCCUUUGAACUGGAAACGCUUUCAGUCCAGUUGUUACUUUUUCUCUACGACCACCCUGACCUGGCCAUCAAGUUUAAAGAAUUGCUCAGAAAUGGGCGCUCACCUGGUGGUUAUCAACACACCGGAAGAGCAGGAAUUCCUUUUUAAGACAAAACCCAAGAGGAAAGAGUUUUAUAUUGGACUGACAGACCAAGUGGUGGAGGGUCAGUGGCAAUGGGUGGAUGACACGCCUUUCACAGAGUCCCUGAGCUUCUGGGAUGCUGGGGAGCCUAACAAUAUAGUUUACGUGGAGGACUGUGUCACCAUAAGGGACUCUAGAAAUCCCAGGAAGAAUUGGAAUGAUAUACCGUGUUUUUACAGUAUGCCUUGGAUUUGUGAAAUGCCAGAAAUAAAUCCUUUGGACUAAAUGCAAAUGAACACAAAAGACAUGAUUUGAAUGCAUAAGGAGGAAUAAGAGUGUAGCAACACCCAAAAUCUAAAAUCCAGCAUGAGAAAACAUCUAUUAUAGAUUAUAAGGACCAUAUAUGUAUGUGUUACUCUAAUAUAAGUAAAGGUGAGGGUUUUUUGUUCCCAUUGUUAAAAUCCAUGGUACUGACUGAUAUUCUCAACAUAACCUGCAAAUGCUGUUUUCAGAACAUGCGGAGUAAUCCACUAAUAAAUGCAGCAAGAGGAAAUGGACUUUCCUGUUGACAUCUGUUUUACUUAUGAGAACUGAAAUGAAAUACAGGCACAGAGAGAGUGUACAGUCCAGUGAAGAAGAGGUUUGUAGGAUGAGACUUUGGAUGACCACCAGAUCGUCCUCUUCUUUCUACUCCCUAGGAUCUAGUUUAUCUCCUCAUGCUGUUAAUGCACAGAGCGCGUCCAU